AUGCCCCUCCGAGGGGCGUUUAAAGACCACACUGAGAUUGAUGUGUUCUUCCUCCGUCAGGUUACAAAUGCCAUUGAGAUCGCCUGGAAUCCGUCCUCAGACCAAGCCUUGAAAGGGCAAGCCUUCGAAUAUCUCAACCAACUCCGCUCCGACCCUGCGGGAUGGCAGGUUUGCCUCGCUCUCUUCACCAAGUCUCCCCCGCAGUCUGAGAUUGUUCGACAUACGAGCCUAGAAAUUGUCAAUAGUGCUGCACAAGCUGGGGUCAUUGACUUCGCAUCUCUCGGGGUCGCACGGGACGGAUUGCUGGCUUACUUGCGACAGAACUACGGCCCUGAUGGCUCCGCAACCCCCGACCCACCCUACAUUCAAAACAAAAUCGCCCAAACUAUUACGUUUCUUUUUUCAGCCCUCUAUGCCAAUGGUUGGGAGACUUGUAUCGACGAUCUUCUAGGAUUGACGUACAAAUCGUCUGCCAGCACCGUUCGGGAUAACCCUCUCGGAAUCAUCUUCUACCUGCGUGUGGUGAACUCGAUUCACGAGGAGUUUGGCGAUGUCUUGGUUUCUCGGUCUCGGGUGGAGCAGGAUAAAGCGAACUCACUGAAGGAUCUGAUCCGUCAGCGGGACAUGGAGAAGAUUGCUAGCUCCUGGCAGGACAUUCUUUCGGUGUGGCAGGAUGGAGAGGAUGCGGUGGUGGAGCCCUGCUUGAAGGCUAUCGGUAGCUGGGUGAGCUGGAUUGACAUCGGAUUGGUUGUAAACCAAACCAUGCUCGACUUGCUUUUCAAACAGCUUGGGCGAGCCGAAAAGCAGGAGCUGCGGGAAGGCGAGCAGCGGGUUCGUGAUGCUGCCGUUGAUGUCUUUACUGAAAUGAUCGGCAAGAAGAUGAAGCCUGCCGACAAGAUCGAGAUGAUUAAUUUCUUGAACCUGGAAUCGAUGGUUACACAGCUUUCCAAUAGCACGCCCCUACGAGAGAACCGGUUUACCUUUAAGUACGACACCGACCUGGCAGAGACCGUGGCCAAACUCGUCAACAUUACGGUUAGCGAUAUUGUGCGGGUGCUAGCGUCCGACGAUGCUGGCCCGGUGAGAGAAAAAGCGGAUGACCUUUUGCAAGCUUUCCUCCCACACAUUUUGCGAUUCUUCUCGGAUGAAUAUGACGAGGUCUGCUCGACUGUGAUUCCCUGUGUCAACGAAAUGCUCAUUUAUAUCCGAAAACUCAACAAGUCAAACCCGGCCUACGCAGAGCGGAACAAGACUAUAAUUCUUCCAGUCCUGAAAGCGAUUAUCGCAAAAAUGCGGUAUGAUGAGACUUCGAACUGGGGCGAUGAGGAUGAACAAACAGAUGAAGCGGAGUUCCAAGAGUUGCGCAAGAGACUGGGUGUUCUCCAGCAAGUCGUCGCCUCUGCAGACGAGCAGUUGUAUAUUGAUGCGAUUUCAGAAGUCGUUGGAACAACCUUUGAAAACCUACGUACAUCCGGUGGACAAAUUGAUUGGCGAGAUCUCGAUCUUGCUCUCCAUGAAAUGUACCUUUUCGGCGAUCUGGCUGUCAACAGAGGUGGGAUUUACCAGAAGAAUGCGCCCAACGGCCCUGCCGCUGUCCGCCUGAUCGAAAUGAUGCUCCGAUUGACAGAAUCUGAUAUUCGAUCUUUCACCCAUCCUGCCACUCAACUCCAGUACAUGGAGAUCUGUGUUCGUUACACCAGCUUCUUCUUCCAUCAUGCUCACCUGAUCCCCGGUGUCUUGGAAAAUUUCUUGCAGCUCGUUCACCACCCAGUCCGCAAAGUCAAAACCCGCUCUUGGUAUCUUUUCCAACGGUUCGUGAAGCAGCUCCGAGCACUUAUCGGCAAUGUGGCUGAAACUGUUGUGAAAGCCUUGGGUGACUUGUUGGUUAUUCAAGCCGAGGUUCCCUCAGAAGGAGACGAUGGGGAUGAAAUGUCUUCGGAAGAUCACGAAGGCUCGGCAGACGCGGUAUUCAACAGCCAGCUCUACCUUUUCGAGGCUGUGGGGAUCAUUUGCUCGACCCACGGAGUGCCUGUUGAUAAACAAGUUCUGUACGCUCAAUCCGUCUUAAACCAAAUCUUUGCCGAUAUGGAACGCAACCUGGAAGCGGCCAAGGCCAAUGACGAACGAGCAUUACUACAGAUCCAUCACGACAUCAUGGCCCUGGGGACCCUUGCCCGUGGCUUCUCUGACUGGCAGCCAGGAACAAGUGACCCCUCUACCCUGCCUUCCGAAGAGGUAUCGGCAGCUUUUGGUCAGGUAGCCGAAGCGACUCUCGUUGCGCUCGAAUCUCUUAAUUCUUCAUUCAAUAUCCGCACCGCUGCACGUUUUGCAUUCUCACGACUCAUCGGUGUUCUGGGGGCACGUAUUCUUCCCCAGCUACCUCGAUGGAUUGAUGGGCUUUUGACCCAAACUUCCUCCCGUGAUGAGAUGGCCUUGUUCCUUCGCCUUCUUGAUCAGGUCAUCUUCGGUUUCAAGGGUGAUAUUUAUGGCAUUCUCGACACACUUCUAACCCCAUUCCUCCAGCGAGUGUUCUCCGGGAUCGCGGAUCCUACUACUGGAACGGACGACGAGGUCCAGCUUGCUGAACUCAAACGGGAAUAUCUACACUUCUUGUUGGCGGUCCUGAACAACGACCUUGGAGCCGUCAUCAUCAGUGAAACCAACCAGCCUCUCUUCGAGACGGUCAUCACUACCAUUGAGCAUUUUUCCAAGGACGUGGAGGACUUUACCACUGCUAAAAUGGCAUUCGUCGUUCUAGCUAAAAUGGGCGCAUGCUGGGGAGGACCGGAUAUCGCGCCUCCUGCGACCAAUGGAGCAGCUACCCAGACCCAGGCAGCACUCCCCGGAUUUGGAGGCUUCAUGAUCAGCCGGUUCUCCCCUCUAUGCUGGGCCCUCCCCACGACGCCAUCAUUCAAUUCGAAGGAUGCCCAGGCGAAGAAUGUACUGGCGGAAGCGGGAGGUCUCCAGCGGACAAUCUAUCUCAAGACUGGGAUGGAAUAUGCUGAUUAUCUGCGAAACCAAGAACUUCCUAGAAUGGGCAUGGGUCAAGAUCUAAUCGAGGAAUUCUUGACUGCAUUGAAUCAGCUGGACGUCAAGGGGUUCCGUCAGUUCUUCCCGAGCUUCAUCCAACGAUUGAGUGCAUAA